GUUACUGUGCCAUUCCUUUGCAAAGGUUGAAAUUUUGAUAACUUAUAUCGAGACAAUUCCAGAUUUGGUGAUUACUGAAGUUCGACAAUGAAAGAAAAAAGGAGCCAUAGCGAAAGCUUCACUGCCCGCUUCAGUGACCUGCGCAACUAUUUCACCGCAAUGCGCCCACCAUUGACAUUAUUGAAUAUGCCGCCGCCGAGUCUUGAUCACAUCACCCUGGUGCCGUUUAAUAUGAGCCAAGUGCCCGGCCAGAUCCCCCUCAGCUUUGUGCCGAACAUAGGGCAGGCUGCAGGAAUAGCAAUCACCCGUGAACACCGUCGCCUGUACGUCGGCCACAUUUCGACUGACGUUACCAAAAACAUGCUGGUGCAGUUCUUCAAUCAACAGCUGUUUAUUCUUGGCCUUGGUCCCAUUGUGGACUGUCAAUUGUUUUCGGGCAAAAAGUUUGCCUUCCUGGAGUUUAGAUCCGCUGAUGAAACGACCGGAGCCAUGGUCCUCGACGGCAUCAAUUUUAUGGGGAAUAACUUGAAGAUACGACGGCCGGAUAACUACCAGUCGACGAGCACACAGUCCGACCAUAUAUUGAAUUAUGUGAAUCCGGAAUCUCCGAACGCAAUUUAUAUCGGAGCUUUGCCAGGCUAUAUAAACGACAAACAGGUUAAGGAGCUGUUGGAGCCCUUUGGCGAGCUACGGGCCUUUAAACAUAUUAGAGAUAGUAUAACUGGGCUUAGCAAGGGGUAUGCUUUUUGCGAGUAUAAGGAUGCAAGCGUUACUGAUCAGGCAGUUGAUGGCUUAAAUUGGCUGCAGCUGGGCGACAGGAAACUGAUCGUUCAGCGCGCCAGCCUGGGCGCGAAGAGAGUUGAGAAAGCGGUUGAGUCGGUGCCAGAUCCGGUGGAGACUCUUUCACCGACCGAGGUACUCUGCCUGCACAACGUGGUUACUCCGGACGAGCUGCUCGAAGUAAAUAAUGGAAAAGAUAUUUUGGAGGACAUCAAGAAGGAGUGCGAGAAGCAUGGUGUGGUGCGUAGCGUGGAAAUGCCACUCCCCGUUGAAGGCGCGGACGUUCCUGGAUGCGGCAAGAUCUUUAUCUUAUUUGAUUCGGCUUUUAACUGUCAAAAGGCUCGGGAGGAACUUGUUAAGCAAAAUUUUAAUGGCCGUGUCAUUACUACUUCAUACUUCGAUCCUGAUAAAUACAACAUGCGCGAAUUCUAAAUAUUAACUAAUAUAUAAUAAUUUAAAUAAAAUAAGAAUGCAUGGAUGUUUAACAGUAGUUCAUACUGACGUUCUAAUGAGCUUCGACUGCAAAGAGAAACAAAAUGGACAUAUUUGUGUUAUAACAGCUUAAUUUAAUGAGCUUGAAUUUAUUUGCCAAGAUAAUCAAAACAUUUGAAUUUGAAAAACCUAGGGAAUGGUUUUUUUUCGCAUAGAGCUCAAGAUAUAGAUUAUUGAGUAAUGCAUCUGCAUGCAAAAGUUCAUUUAUUUUUCAA